GACGGCGGCAGCAUGGGUAAGUGCCGUGGUCUUCGUACUGCUCGAAAACUCCGAAGCCACAGGAGAGACCAAAAGUGGCAUGACAAACAAUACAAGAAAGCUCAUUUGGGCACUGCCUUGAAGGCCAACCCGUUUGGAGGAGCAUCUCAUGCCAAAGGGAUUGUCUUGGAAAAAGUUGGUGUGGAAGCCAAACAGCCCAAUUCUGCCAUCAGGAAGUGUGUGAGAGUCCAGCUGAUUAAGAACGGCAAAAAAAUCACUGCCUUUGUUCCCAAUGAUGGCUGCUUGAACUUUAUUGAGGAAAAUGAUGAAGUUUUGGUUGCUGGAUUUGGUCGAAAAGGUCAUGCUGUUGGUGAUAUUCCUGGAGUCCGAUUCAAGGUUGUGAAAGUUGCAAAUGUUUCUCUUCUGGCCUUGUACAAAGGCAAGAAGGAAAGAAGAAAGGCAAGAAGAUCAUAA